CAUUUGUAUUGGCGCCGUGUCGAGGUCACUGUGGACUGUGGCCUGGGAGAAGAGAAUCGCUCCAUUUGCACUCUCCACUCUCUAAUAUUGGAAAACCAAGAUCGCGAGAGCAACAGCAUCCCUCUGGCGGCUCAUCAAGAAAUUUAACGAUUUCAUUUUCAUUGCCACCAUCUUCAUCUUACGACUUUUGAUCUCAUUUCUUCUUCAAUCUGUUCAUUCAGACCUAUUCAUUCAUUCCUCUACAUUUUUCUCACUACACUACACUUCUUCCAUCGCUAUCUCUCUACAGAAACAGGGGCGAGUUUGAUCCUGUUUCGCCGCGCUCCCUUUUUAAAGCUUCUUUUGAUCCGCUUCUUUUGUGUUUCGCCUUGAUCUAGGCUUUUUCUUUUUGGGUCUCGGGCUUUUAUGUGUUGAUCGAGUUGAGAAGGAUCGGACAUAUUACUCAACUUUUUCUGCAGAGUGAUUGACUUCGCAUAUUCGAACUAGAUACUCGUAGAACAAACUUUUUCUUGAUCCCCAGUUGAUUAGACUAUGGAUUCGUUUGGUGUGACCUUGAAGGCCAAUGCGGUUCCAUUUAGAAUCAGCAGUCAGUGUGCUAGGAACCAAUGUUCCGGAUUCUGGGGAGAGAGUAUUGGGAGAAGCGGAAGAUGCAAACUGAUACAGACGAAUGCGCACUUGUGGAAGAACUCCUGUUCUCAGAGCAGGGAUAGAAAGCUUAAAUCAGGAGUUGUCUAUUCUGUACUCACGUCAGAAAUUAGUGAGGAAACAAUGACUUUACAGGCUCCCCUAUUUGAGACUCCAAGAGCUGAUCCGAAGAAGGUGGCUUCAAUCAUAUUGGGUGGAGGUGCUGGAAGUCGCUUGUUUCCUCUUACAAGCCAGCGAGCCAAACCAGCGGUUCCAAUUGGAGGUUGUUAUAGACUGAUCGACGUACCCAUGAGUAAUUGCAUCAAUGGUGGCAUCGAAAAGAUAUUCAUCCUAACACAGUUCAACUCUUUUUCUCUCAAUCGUCACCUUGCUCGUAUUUAUAAUUUUGGUAAUGGAGUGAAUUUUGGCGAUGGAUUCGUGGAGGUUUUAGCUGCCACUCAGACUUCGGGUGAAACUGGGAAAAAGUGGUUCCAGGGAACUGCCGAUGCUGUCAGGCAAUUUAUAUGGUUAUUUGAGGAUGCCAGGACCAAAAAUGUUGAGCACAUUCUAAUUUUGUCUGGUGAUCAUCUUUAUCGGAUGGACUACAUGGACUUUGUGCAGAGACAUAUUGACACAAACGCUGAUAUUACAGUAUCAUGCGUACCCAUGGAUGAUAGCCGAGCAUCAGAUUACGGUCUCAUGAAAAUAGACGACACAGGACGUAUUGUACAUUUUGCAGAGAAACCAAAAGGCUCUGACCUGGAAGCAAUGCGAGUUGAUACCACUGUUCUAGGACUUUCAGAGCAAGAGGCUAGAAAUAAUCCUUAUAUUGCAUCAAUGGGAGUCUAUGUGUUUAGAACUGAUAUUCUACUGAAGCUUUUGACACGGAGUUACCCUUCAUGCAAUGACUUUGGCUCAGAAAUUAUUCCAUCAGCUGUUAAAGAUCACAAAGUUCAAGCCUAUCUAUUCAAUGACUACUGGGAGGACAUUGGAACCGUGAAGUCAUUUUUUGAUGCCAACUUAGCGCUAACAGAACAGCCUCCAAAGUUUGAGUUCUAUGAUCCAAAGACUCCAUUUUAUACAUCACCUAGAUUCUUACCACCUACCAAAGUUGAGAAAUGCAGGAUUGUAGAUGCAAUAAUUUCUCAUGGUUGCUUCCUCCAAGAAUGUAGUGUUGAACACUCUAUCGUUGGUGUGCGCUCCCGAUUGGAGUCUGGCGUGGAGCUGAAGGAUACUAUGAUGAUGGGUGCGGACUACUACCAGACAGAAUCUGAAAUUGCAUCUCUGCUUGCGGAAGGAAAGAUCCCAAUUGGCAUUGGAGAGAACACCAAAAUCAGGAAUUGCAUAAUAGACAAGAAUGCCAAGAUCGGAAGAAAUGUGGUUAUUGCAAAUGCUGAUGGUGUUCAAGAAGCUGAUAGGCCAGAAGAAGGGUUUUACAUAAGGUCCGGUAUCACAGUCACAUUGAAGAAUGCAACAAUAAAAGAUGGAACCAUUAUUUAAAAUCCGAAGGCAGCCUCUUAUUCAAGUCGAGAUAGGCGAGGGUUGAAAAGAAGCAAUUGCUCGAGGCUUUCAACUAACAAUGCUCGGCAAUGAGUAGUAUUUAUUAUUUAGUGCACGACUUCCCUUAAUGUAAAAAGAACUAGUUUCUUUUCAUAUAUGUAAAAAAUAAGAAGCCAACAUGUUUCCUGAGUAAAAUAACAACUUUUGAUUUCAA